AGAAAUGUGUUGCCAAACGUAUAUUGCAACAUCUCCACACUUAUUUCCAGACUUUUCAACCUUCCAUGCAUUCCCAGAUUACUAAAACACGAGGAGCAACUCUAUAAUAAGCAAUAUGGAUCGCUUGGAGUAAUCUUCCUCAUUUACACUUCCCUUUUGCAUAGGAUGGUGGCACCAAAGUUCAGCAAUAACCUGGCCCUCCUCUCUCGCAGUCGAUGUGGCUCCUAGCGGCAGCCACAGCAGCAGCAGCAUCAGCAGCAGCAGCAGCAGCACUGAAGAAGAGUGGAGCAGGAGGUUGCGCUCCGUCACGUGUUGAAUAAAUUAGAUUUUGGAGAGGGACGUUCACCGCUCGGCCCCACACUGUUUGCUUUCAGUCAGCGUGCUGCUGCAGUGUGUAUGCGACCAGACAGACGGACAGUGGAUACCGAUAAGUUGAUAACCUCCACUGGAAGAGCACGGCAAGGAAGUUCUCACAAGCCCACAAGUUUGCAAUUUUACUUUUCAUCUUUUUGUCUGGCAAGAAUUUGGAGAGAAACAAAGGGGGAAUUUGCAAAGAAACAAACGGUGCAUACCCGGGGAAUCUCCAGAAUCACUCUUAAAGGAUACACAUUUCUUUUAAAAAGUCCUAAGAUGGAUGUAACUUUCACUGUUGACUCCAUAAGGGAAUACUGAGAAGAAUUUGGAUAUCUUGAGCCUCGGCUUCUCUAAAACACAGGAGAGGAACAGAUGAAUGUUUAAAAGAAGGAGCCAAAAUGAAGACAGCUGCCAAGGGUUUUGGGAAGUCUGUAAUGAACCCUUUGCACCGUGAGGGUUGGUGGAGCAAAAGGAUAGUGCUGAUGGUGUAUGUGGCCUUGGAGCUUGUAACAGUCCAUUCACCUGUGGUCCUGGGGACCCUUGACCUACAGCUUGAUGAGGAACAACCAGCAGGCACAAUUGUAGGUGACAUCAGUGCAGGACUUCCUCCUGGCGUCACAGCCUCUCUGUACUUCAUCUCAGACCAUGAAGGCACGGGUGUGGGCAGUGAUUUGGACAUAGAUGAGAGCACGGGCAUUAUUAAAACUGCAAAAGUUCUGGACAGAGAAUUGAGGGAUAGAUACAACUUCAUUGCAGUCACCAUGACAGGUGUGACGGUAGAGGUGUCCAUCAAGGUGAAUGACAUAAAUGACCAUGCCCCGACGUUCCCGAGAAAACGGGCUACUUUUAAAAUUCCCGAGCAGACAGCCAUUGGCACCAGGUUUCCUCUUGAGCCGGCUGUUGAUGCUGAUAAAGGCCAGUUUACGACACAGGGUUACCUUAUCAAGGAUGGAAACGUUGGCCAGGCAUUCACCCUGGAGACCAGAAGGGGAAGCAAUGAGGUUCUCUAUCUGGACUUGGUGGUCAAUGCCAUUCUGGACAGAGAAAAAAGAUCCACCUACACUUUAUCUUUGGAGGCCUUUGAUGGUGGUUCCCCUAAAAGGACUGAUCAGAUGAUAUUAGAUAUUGCUGUACAAGACAUUAAUGACAACGCUCCUUCUUUCAACCAGAGCCGCUAUCAUGCCAUAAUAUCUGAGAACCUCCAACCAGGUAGCAACAUCCUGCAGGUGUUUGCCACAGACGCUGAUGAAGGAGACAAUGGGAUGGUGCUGUACGAGAUCAACAGGAGACAGAGUGACCCGGAUCGUUACUUUGUCAUCGACUCCCGCAGUGGCAUGAUCACCCUCAAUAAGCCACUGGACUUUGAGAUGAGGAGAGUUCACGAGCUGGUGGUCCAAGCACAAGACAACGCAACCCACCCAGAGGUGACCAAUGCCUUUGUCACCAUCCAUGUCCGAGACUACAAUGACAACCAGCCUACAAUGACUAUCAUCUUCCUCAGUGAGGAUGGGUCUCCUCGAAUCUCAGAGGGCGCACAGCCAGGCCAGUAUGUAGCCAGGAUCUCAGUCACAGACCCAGACUAUGGAGAAUACGCCAAUGUUAAUGUGUCACUCGAGGGAGGAGAUGGGAAGUUUGGUCUGACGACGAAAGAUAAUAUCAUCUAUCUGAUCUGUGUGGACCAGAUUCUGGAUCGGGAGGAGAGAGACACAUAUGAGUUGAGGGUGAUGGCGACAGACUCAGGCACACCUCCUCUCAGGGCCGAGUCCUCCUUCGUCAUCCAGGUGACUGAUGUAAAUGACAACCCUCCUCUGUUUGAUCAACCAGUAUACAGGCAGGUCAUCCCUGAAGUGGUGUUUCCAGGGAGCUUUGUGUUACAAGUAACAGCUAGAGACAAAGACCAGGGGCCCAAUGGAGACAUUAACUACAGCAUCCUGCAAGACAAAGGUGCUUUCUCCAACUGGUUCAGCAUAGACUCUGUUACGGGGAUUAUCACUACUCUCUCCCAGCUGGAUUAUGAAAAGAACCCCAAUCCCAGUAUAACUGUGUUGGCCACAGAUGGAGGGAAACCACCUCUGUCUUCCACUGCAGUCGUCAAAAUCGUACUACAGGAUAUAAAUGACAAUGAGCCUGUUUUUGAGAGGAACUUCUACAAUGUGUCCAUCAAGGAAAACACAGCUGCAGGAACUUGCAUUCUUGAGGUGACUGCGACAGAUGCGGAUGGCGGCUCUUUUGGCUCCAUUACCUACUCCCUGGGCUCUGGCAUUAACAGCGCUGUUCCCUCUCAGUUCACUAUUGGCAAGGAGACUGGACAGAUCUGCACUAGUGUUGUACUAGACAGAGAUCAAGGGCUGGCCAGCUACGACUUCACUGUUACUGCAGUGGAUGGGGGUGGACUGAGCUCAGUAGCUUACGUGAAGGUGGAUCUGGUUGACAUUAAUGAUAACAGACCUGCUUUUUACCCAGUGAGCUAUGCUGUCAGUUUAAGCACGCAGAGCGCCCCUGGGACAUCUGUUGUCAGAGUGACGGCCUAUGACCCAGACUCAGGCGAGAAUGGCAGAAUUACAUACAAAACUGUACCUGGAGGGGCCUCCCCUUACUUCACUCUCAACAAAGACACUGGUGUGAUCUCCCUGUCACGGUCUGUCUAUGGGAAGGCCAACUCUGUCAUACCCAUGGUGAUCUCUGCUCAGGAUGGUGGAGGUCUGGUUGCCCUCGUUAAUGCCAGGGUCAACAUUAGUGUGGUGGCAGGUUUGGUGGCACCACCAGUGUUUGAACAGACUCAGUACUACUUCACUGUUUCAGAGGACGUCCUGCAGGGGACAGUCGUAGGCAUCGUCCAGGCCAACACUAAGACAGGCACCUCUAGAGAUAUCUCCUACACCAUCAGUUCUGGGGACCCUGCAGGAUACUUUACAGUGGAUCCUGAGACUGGGGCCCUGAGGACCAGUCUGUCCCUGGAUCAUGAAGCCCAGUCAGCUCUUGAUUUGGAGGUGCAGGCCCGCAGUGGCAACCCCCCUGCCUUUGGCCAGACCCGUGUGCACAUUACCAUCGCAGACAUCAAUGAUAACCCGCCUGUUUUCCUGCCCUCAUCCUCGGAGUCCCUGCUGCUGCCGGAGCAUACAGAAAUGGGUACUGUGGUGUAUCGUGUUCAAGCUGAGGACAGAGACUCUGGAACCAAUGGACAACUCACCUUUGACCUGUCUUCACCAAGUGGGAUCCAGAGGACCUUUAGCAUAGAGCGCAGCAGUGGAGAGAUACGAUUGGUGGGGAGCCUCAGCUAUGAGAAUGCACCCCGUUAUGAUCUCCAAGUGAUUGCCAAAGAUAGUGGAGUACCCCAGCUUAGCGCCACCUUCAUGCUUGUGGUUCAUGUCCAGGCAGAGAAUGACCAGGGACCUGUGUUUGAUACCCUCACCUACCGUGUAGAACUAAAAGAAGGCACUCCAAUAAAUACACGCUUCCUGCAGGUCAGGGCUCUGAACAGAGAAACACCUGGCUUAGGUUACUCCAGUCCUCUGGCGUAUCACCUGCGUCCCGACGGAGAUGCUGCUGGGUUUGGUAUUGCUGCAGACAGUGGCUGGCUGUUUGUGAAGAGUGCCCUAGACAGAGAAGUCAAGGACAUGUAUCUUCUAACAGUACUGGCCAGUGCUGGUCAUGGACAGUGGAAGAAGACGGGCAGCGCCACAGUGCGGAUAUCUGUGACCGAUGAGAAUGACAACGCUCCUCGGCUCACACAGGAGAGGGUCUUCAUGGCAGUGAAAGAAAACCUGCCAGCGGGGACAGGCUUCGGUCAUGUGUCGGCCACAGACCGAGACAGUGGUCCUAAUGGACGCCUCAGCUACCGCUUGCUGCACCCUGACCGCAACUUCCAGAUUAACUCCCACACAGGUGAGAUCAGUACAAGAAUGACUCUGGACAGAGAGCAGCAGUCGAGUUACCAGCUGGUGGUGGUGGUACAAGACGGAGGUUCGCCCCCUCGCAGCGCUACAGGCACAGCCUUUGUUACUAUCCUGGAUGACAACGACAAUGAUCCAGCUUUUAUUCAUAGCCAGUCAGGAAAAAACCUAAUUAUAAAGGUGUCAGAAGGGCAGUCCUCUGGGGUUCUCCUGGGCACACUGCAAGCCAAAGACCCUGAUGAAGGAGAGAAUGGCACCGUAUUCUACUCUUUGUCAGGUCCCAGGGCUGAACGUUUCACUCUGAACCCAAACACCGGUGAGCUGCGUUCAUCAUCCCCUCUCAGCCAUUCGGAACGAGCCGAGUACACCUUGACGGUGACAGCCACUGACAGAGGACUGCCCCCUCGCAGCACCUCCUGCUCCCUCACCAUUCAGGUUCUCAGCAUUAACAGACCUCCUUCGCAGACCAAUUCCCUCUCCAUAUCUUUCAACUCUGUGGAGGAGGCCAAGCCUGGCUCUGUCAUUGGCUCAGUCCGCCUCCAUGACAGAGAAACUCCAGAGGAGGGGAAAGUGACCUACACAGUGGUGGGGGGUACAGACAGAGAUGGGACCUUUGUUGUAGAUCGUCUGACAGGAGAUGUGUACCUGGCUCGUCCUCUUGACUAUGAACGAGACAUGCGCUACACCCUGCAGAUUGAGGUAGAUGACUUCUCUCAGGACCCUCCUAGCAGCACCCUGGUCCACCUGGACAUUGACGUAGAGGACAGCAAUGACCACGCCCCUCAGUUCCCUGAGGACCCCAUAACUAUCGUCAUCUCUGAGAGCAUGCAGCCCAGCUCUUCUGUCUAUACUUUCCAGGCCACAGACAAGGAUGGCAGUGGGCCCAAUAGCGAGCUGAGGUACUCCAUUCUCCAGCAGUGGCCAAACACGCCUGGUUUACUAACCCUCGACCCCUCCACUGGGGUUCUGUCCUUGGCCCAGGAAUUGGACCAUGAGGUCACUUCUAACCUGAUCCUUGUUGUAAAGGCAACAGACUCUGCCCUCGAUGCCAGCCAGAGGCGCUGGGGCUCUGUUACAGCGAGGGUCUAUGUAACUGAUGAGAAUGACAAUCCACCAGUGUUCAGCUCGCCAACAGCUGUCAGUGUGAUGGAAGACCAGCCGGUGGGCUUUGUGGCGCUGUAUGUCAUGGCCAGAGAUGCAGACCAAGGGGAGAAUGGCCGGGUGACCUACAUCAUCCAGUCAGGCAACACAGGAGGAACAUUCAGCCUCAACCCUAACACUGGCUCUCUGUCUAUUUUCAAACCUCUGGACCGUGAGGAGCAGGACGUCUUUAACCUCACAAUAAUCGCAGAGGAUCAUGGGAUACCCCAGCACUCAUCCAGCCAGCUGCUGUGUGUCCACGUGAUUGAUGUUAACGAUGAGGUGCCCUGGUUUGAGGAGAGCCAGUACGAAGCCCAGAUCUCAGAGAACCAGCCUCCAGGAACUAGUGUGUUAACAGUGUCUGCCUCAGACCUGGACCAAGGAACCAAUGGGCAGGUGACAUAUGGAGGUAUCUCAGAGGAGGGUUUCAGCAUCAACCCAGUGACAGGUGUCAUAACGACCACUAAGUCACUGGACAGGGAGCUUCAGGAGUACUACACUGUGACAGUUUAUGCAAAAGAUGGAGGCCUUCCCCCAAACUAUGCCAAAGCCACGGUGAGGAUCAGAGUACUUGAUGAGAAUGACAACGCCCCUGUAUUUGGACGUCUCUACUACAGCAUAGAAGUGCCUGAAAAUUUGGAGGCAGUGCUUCUUUUCACCCUCCGAGCCACUGAUCAGGAUGCAGGAGACAGUGGGGAGAUGAACUACAGAAUUACAGCUGGAGACCCCUCAGGAGACUUCCACUUAGACAGACAAUCAGGUGCGCUGUCCACCUCAAGGCCUCUGGAUCGGGAGAAGAGAGCAGGAUACACACUAACAGUCACAGCCCAGGACCAGGGCAACCCUUCCCUCAGCAGCACCGCCACAGUGGAGGUGACCGUUCUGGACAUAAAUGACCACAGCCCCCAGUUUCAGAGCAGCAGCUACACUGCAGAUGUGUCAGAAGACGUACCCAUGGGUUCACUGGUUCUGGAGGUGAAAGCCAUCGAUCUGGACCAAGGCCCCAACAGCCAGGUUCAAUACUUUCUGAGCCAUGGCUCCAAGAGCAUGUUCAUUAUAGACCAGAACACAGGCCGCAUAAUCACAGCAGCACCCCUAGACAGAGAGAGAACCGCCUCUUACACCUUUGAGGUGUAUGCCACUGACUCCUCCCCUGCCAACCCACGCAACUCCACCACUCACGUGACUGUCUACAUUCAGGAUGUGAACGACAACGCUCCCUUCUUCAUUCAGGACCCACUUAUUGUGAACAUAUCUGCAAGCAGUGUGUCCAGCCGCAGAGUGCUGGCCACCAUGAGGGCGGAGGACAAGGACUUUGGAGCUAAUGGCUCUGUGUUUUAUCGCUUUGCUAACCCUGUGAGGGGCUUCACCAUCAACUCACUGACAGGAGACAUCCAAGCCACAGAGAAGCUGCAGACUCUGACUCAAAGCCAGAGGACUUUGAUAGUGCAGGCCAUGGACCAGGGCAACCCAGCUCAAUCCUCCCUGGGGGUGGUAAUCAUUUAUAUCAGGGAACAGAGCUACAGGGGAAUUCGCUUCUCUCGCACAGCUAGAGAUGUCAGUCUGCAGGAGAAUGCUGCUAAAGGUACAGUAGUAACACAGACUCAGGCCCAGUACCCUGAUGGCUCUCAAACUGGUAUCAGCUACAGUCUUUUCAGUGGAAACAGAAUGCAGUCUUUUGGAAUAAACACUAUUACUGGAGAAAUAUGGGUCCAGAAAUCUGAAGGACUAGACUUUGAGGAGACCCCCAAACUCCGCCUUGUGGUGAAAGCUGAGACGGCAUCCUCCAGCUCCUACAUGGCUGUCAACUUAAUCCUCCAAGAUGUCAAUGACAAUUUGCCACGCUUCCAACUCCAGAACUAUGUAGCCUACAUAAGAGAGGCACAGGGCUACGAUUUUCCCAUUAUCCAGGUUGUGGCAGAUGACUUGGAUCAGGGACAAAACGGUCAGGUGACCUACUCCAUUAGGUCAUCAUCCAUGAGUGGCUUGUUCAAGAUUGACCCACUGACUGGCAGUAUCACCACUGCAGCCAUAAUGGACAGAGAGAUCUGGCCACAAACCAAGCUUGUUGUUACAGCAACAGACCGAGGAACCCCGCGGCUGGCUGGCUCUGCCACCCUCACUGUGAUCAUCAUCGACCUCAAUGACAACAGUCCCAUGAUUCCUCUGCCUCGGGAGAUCCGAGUGCCUGAGGAUACUCUGAUUGGCACAGUUAUCACCCAGGUAACAGGAAAUGAUGUGGACUCAGGUCCAGCUCUCUCCUACACACUACACCUGGAUAGAAACAGCCAGGGCAUGUUUGGGAUUCAUUGCUAUGGAGGUGGCGUGUCUCUGACUGGUCCACUGGACUAUGAGGAAAGGACGUGGUACACUCUGACUAUACGUUCAUCUGACUCAAAACAUCAAAGCGAAGCCAAUCUAACUGUGCUGGUAGAUGAUGUGAAUGAUAAUGCCCCCACCUUCACCCAGGACUUCUAUCAGGUGACUGUAACAGAGCACCUCCCAGCAGGCAGCGCAGUCAUCACAGUAACAGCUACUGACCGUGACACUGGGGAGAAUGGGAAGAUUACCUACAGAGUAAUGUCAUCAACUAGGGGCGUCUUCUACAUUGACCCAAGCAAUGGUACUCUGUUCGUCAACCAAAAAACAGAGUUUGAUUUUGAGAAUCCCUCCAUCCUUGUGGUAAUUGAGGCUCGAGACCAAGGCACUCCAUCCCUUUCUUCCAUUGCCACUGUCCAGGUUCAAGUGUCCGAUGUCAACGACAAUGCCCCAAUCUUCCACCAGUCAGAGUACAGAGCCACUGUGUCCGAAGAUGGACUUCCUGGAUCCACUGUUCUAACCUUAGAAGCUGUGGAUGGGGACCUGUCCCGGGAUAAUUGUGGUUUUGACUUUGCCAUUGCCAGUGGCAACUCAGGUAAUGCCUUCCAGAUUGAGAGCAGUGUACGCUUCUUGGAGGGGAGGGGCUUCCAGACAGUUGGCAGUCUGAUCCUGGUGGAGGAGCUGGAUUUUGAAGCAAUGCCAAGUUAUAACCUGACUGUUGUGGUAUCAGAUCGUGGGAUCCCUCAGCGUAGCUCCAGCGUGCCUAUCCUCAUCAGUGUUACAGAUGCCAAUGACAACCCUCCAGCUUUCAACCGAGCAGAGUACAGUGUGGUACUGAGUGAAGGUACGGCAGCAGGGACAGAGAUCUUGCAUCUAUCUGCCACUGAUCCAGACUCUGCUCCCAAUGGAGAGGUGCAGUACUUCAUAAGCUCAGGGGACGAGACAGACCUUUUUCAGGUGGAUCGGUGGACCGGUGCCUUGAAGCUGCAGCGACCUUUGGACAGUGAGAGGCAGUUGUCCCAUAUGAUUGUUGUCCAGGCCACUGAUGGUCAAGGACACUAUGCCUUGGUCCCGGUCAGUAUUGAGGUAAAGGACAUCAACGACAACCGGCCCUUCUUUCCCCUCAAACUAGUAACUGCUAGCAUCAGGGAAAAUCAACCCCAGAAUGCCUUAGUUACAAUGCUGCAUGCAAUCGACCAUGACAGAGGUGUUUUUGGACAGUUGAGGUACUACAUGUUAGACAACUCUAAAGAUGGAAGAGAUGCCUUCCUUAUUAACCAAACUUCGGGAGAAGUACGGACUCGCUCUAUUUUUGACUUUGAGAAGGCAAACUCCUUCCAUUUUAUAGCUGUUGCCAUAGAUGCUGGCAACUAUUCUGCUACAGUCACAGUGCAGGUUUAUGUUACAGGGGAGGAUGAAUAUGAUCCUGUUUUCACCUCCUCAGAGUUCUCAUUCGAAGUGCCUGAAGGAGCAAAGAAAGGUCAGAUCAUCGGCAAAGUGCAAGCCAGAGAUGAGGAUGGAGGCGUGGAUGGCAUUGUUCUUUACUCUCUAGCAGACAAUUCGCCUUAUUUUGAAGUCAACAAAUCAACGGGUGCAAUUUCCUUAAAGAUGGACAGCUACAGUAGACAUGUGAGCCGCUCUAAAAGAGAGGUGCGUCUAAUGACACUGGAUGUGACUGCCCACAGCCCACUUGAGGCAUCUCGCAUAGCAAUGGCCAAAGUUACCAUUGAUGUGACCCAUACAUCUUUCGGUCUCUCCACAGACAUGAAUAUGAUGCUUAUCAGCAUCAUUGCUGUGUCAGUUGGGACAAUAGUCAUACUGAUUAUAAUUGCUGUGGCACUAGUUUUUGUUAAAUUAAGACGCCAGAGGAAGCAGCAAAAAGCAAACAGACGAACACCAGCAUCAGGCACCAUGCUGCACAAGCUUGAUGAAACAAAAAUAGCAGCAAAUGAAAUAAUUUACCAUCAGACCCUUCCUGGAUAUGCAGCUGAUCCGAGCAGCAGCAGUGGGGGUCCGUACACUCGUGGGGGAUCCCUGGAUCCCUCUCACUCCAGUGGGCGUGGCUCAGCUGAGGCAGAGGCAGCAGAGGACGAUGAGAUCAGAAUGAUAAAUGAAUACCCUCGUGUGUCAAGUAUUUCCUCCUCUAUGCAGGAGCGCAUCUCUGCCCGAGGUCCAGACUCUGGAAUUCAGCAGGAUGCAGAUCAGCUAUCAGAUGUGUCUUGUGAGCCUUCCAUAGAUUGGUUCAAAGGGAAGAAACUGGGCAGCCUGAAUGAUACUUUAUUGGCUGGCCAGGUGCCAGUCUACAGGGAUGAGGGGGGUGGGUAUGUGGGUGUGGGACGGGGACUCAGCAUCUCCCACCCUAAAGACUAUACUUUCCCAGAGGAUGGAAAGCCUGCUGUAGAUGGCUCCCUGACAGCCAUAGUGGCCAGUGAUGAGGAGCUGAGGGGCAGCUAUAACUGGGACUACCUGCUAAACUGGUGUCCCCAGUUCCAACCCUUAGCUAAUGUUUUCACUGAAAUAGCACGUUUAAAAGAUGAAACAGCUCCUCCUCACCCUCGCAGGUCAUUUCAUCAUAAAGCAAAGGCCGAGUCAAGAAUCGACCCUCCACCUCUCAUAACCUCAGUGGCCCACCCCGGGGCCAAAACUGUACCUCCGAAGCCUGCCGUAGGGAGGACAUUCCCUCACCUGGCUUCUUUACGGAGAUCUCCCAUCAGUGGUGAGGGAUCCAUCUCCUCUGUCGCCAUGUCUCCAAGUUUCUCCCCCUCCCUCUCACCACUGGCAGCACGUUCUCCAGCAAUCACACCCUUCAGUGUCUCACAGGGCCCCUCUGCAUCCAUGAUUAGCACAACUGAACAUAAUCUGGAACACAGUGAGGAAGCAGAGCUGAGAAUUUAAAUCAAAUCUUAAAGGUGAACUAAAACUGAGUCAUUGCCGUCCCAGACUUGUUCUACUGUAUGACCACAGGGGCUGCAACAUUAAAUGAGUCAAUGCUCUUGUUUCAAGGGAACAAGUAAACAGUAUUAUACUAAGCAGUCCAAAUAGCUGAGGUUGUGGUGCUUAAUGAAGAAAAACGGAACUACAUGACUAACAGGCCAAAAUGGACUAUGCCUUUUUUCUUUGAAAGAAACUCCUUAUUCUCCUGUUGAUCAGUGUUCAUUUGCACAUUCAAAUGGGAAUUCAUACAUGAUGUCAAUAUUUUGUACAAAAGCAUUGUCUAUAUUUUUAUACUUACAUGUGGUUUCUGACAAGAAAUGGCAUUAAAGUGUCAAAAGGUUGCUAAAACCUCAGAAUAUAUUUCUAUAUUUGUAUAUUUGUAGCUUGUACUGUAUACUUGUUUGUACUGUAAGUUGGUUUUAUCUCUCGUAAUUCUCAACCUUGUGGUUUUAAAUGAAGUUCCUCAUUAAUGUUUCAUGAAUUAGGAUUUAUAUUGUAAAUAUUUAUAGAAUAUGAGACAUCCUUGCUUGAACAAAUAAAACAUCAGUCAGAAUAGAGUAUUGUGUGAUCAGAUUUUCUACGGAUCCAGUGUUUGAUCUCACAUCAAAAGGUAAUCAUGAAUGUGAAAUACUGAAAAGUUGUCGUAGUCCUCAACACGUCAUUUCAUUUUCUGAAGGAAAAUGGAAUUUGACAUCCAAUGAUCCUGUCCUCCAGGUGACCUGGCUUUAAUUUAUCACAAUGAGCCUUAUUGCUUUUCAUUUUGCUUUCUGAUAAUAAUUCAUGUGAGGGAGAUUCCACUGAGCAGCUAUGUGGUAAAUGUAAAAUAGUUUGCUCCAUCAGCAGCCUAAUCAUUCCAUAGAGUGUAAACAAAUCUUGGUAAUUUGUCUACUCAUCUAAUGUUCCUAAGCAAAACAAUAAGAGACAUUAUUAAAGCUCCAAAUCAGUGUUAUGCUUACACUGACAUUUGCAGCAGGGUUUUCUUAUUUCUGUUCAAAUUGUGUUGUACAGAUCAACUGAAAAAAAUGAAUGUUGCUUUGGACCAUGUUUGUCCCUGUUUCACAAUAGUACCAUAAAGAAUACUAUAUGGAUUAAAGGUAAAACUAACAAAUGUUACAUACAAUAUGAUGAAAAUAUGAAAAAAAAACUGUAUAUUUAUGAAUGUUCAAACACCACCGGAGAAUGUUUUUCUAGUUAAUGAAAAGAAAUUCAUAUAAUUUACAUGUUUAGCCAUAAUUCACAUAAUGCUCUUACACAGAUGCCUAUACGCCAUAAAUACAUUCAUGAUCCUAGUUGUGGUUUUGGCAGCCUUUACAAAAUAAAAUGUGUAAAUUUAUUUGCAUUAAUAACUACCUAGAGUCCUGCCGUGGCCUAAAUGCAAAAGUUCCUCUCUCCUUCAAAUUAUUAAAAAAGUAUUUUGGCUUAAUGCCCAGUUUUAGACACUUGAUGACAUUAUUUUAAGCAACACUAACAAUCUACAGUAUUUUAAUUUAUUGUGUAGGUAGACCUCAGAAGCUGAGAGGCUUUGUAAACUAUUUACAUUGAUGCUAUUUUGACCAUGGCCAAAUAUACUGUACAUGAACACUACCUAACUGAUAGAAUGAAGGUACCUUGUUGUCUGUAUUGUUUUGUAUUGGACAGUGUUACCUGCCACUUAGUUCUGUGUUUGUCCAAACUGUGCGGUUAAUGGUGCCAUAGAGAAGAGAAAUUCCUCCAAAGUUCACUCAUAUCAUUCUAGGCUUGUCUAGAGAAAUGUUUUGAGCAAAGUGCCUGAUUAAAGUAC